AUGAAGGAAGCUAACGGGGCAGGGGAAGGAGACGAGUCGAAAGCCGCCAUUCACCGUCACCUUCUCCACUUGUUCCUUGCUCUCUGUGCUCAGAAUCACGAACUCCUACACGACCUCAUUGACACCUACGUCAAGGCGACGAGUGCAGUCAGGACAGCCGUGCAGGGGUGCGUCGGAGACAUGAUCAAGGCGAUCGGGCCGGAGUCUCCUGUCCUCCUGCAAGUCAUCAGCAACUUCCCUCCCGGCGCUGAGAUCCUCAUGCUCGCCUUCGUGCGGACGCUGACAGACGUGAAGGAUGCUCGGUUCAUGAUCUACAUCUGGCAAGCUCUCUCUCGCAAUGAGAUCGAGUCACUUCUUCCCAAGAUCGUAUCUCUUCCUCAGGCAUCUGUUUGUGACCUUGUCUUUCGAGGCGCAAUUUUUACGUACAUGGUGAUGGGCAUUCUCUCUCGCCUCAUCUCCAAGCAAGUGUGGACGAUGCCGACGCUCUGGGAGGGCUUCGUCAAGUGCUGCCGCCAGACGCUUCCUCGUUCCCUCCCGGUCCUCGUGCAGCUUCCUCCUCAACAGCUCGUCAAGGCUGUUCAGGCAUGCAAAGACCUCGGCCCACCCAUGGCACAGCACGUGCAGGAGCGACUAGCGAAGGGUUACCCGGUCCCUCAGCAGAUCCUGACGCUGCUCGAGCCCUGGCUGGGGUCACGAGGCUACAAGCAGGAGGAGGGACGGGAGAAGGAGCGUGCGACGGACGAGAUGCAGGAAGAUGCGGACAGAUGA